AUGAAUUCUACUUCCAUAAAUCACGCUGGCGGGACCUUAGGCGGCGGGCGGCGGCCACAGCCUGAAGCCCCCCGUCCAUGCUCCGGCGGCUGCGGAUUCUACGGCACGGCGGAGAACAAGGGCCUGUGUUCCAAGUGCUACACGGCCCACCUCAAAGACUUGAAGGCCAAAACAGAGACGGCAGUUAUUGACAAGCGAGAACCGGAUGAUGUUACGAAAACCGAAAUCUUGAAUAAACCGUCGUCGCCGCAUGUCAAGGUCCAAGUGACUCGAGCACAAAGGUGCGAGGCGUCGACUAAGGGAAGGACGCGAGCUGGGUGCGUUCUUAUGGCUGGAUUGUUGGUUCAGUCGGGUCUUCGUGGGGCGACGAAGACAAAUGUGCGAUACUUAGCCAUAUUUGUCCAAGUAUUGGUCGGAUCAUGUUGGUUGAUUAAGUCGAGGGCUCAGUCGGACGAGGAUUACCGCGGGUUGUGCAUGGCCUUGCGGGUUGGCAUCAGGUUGAUGCGGGCACGUGGCAAGGAGCAGUUGUGCAUAACUGCUUGUCGGUUACCAAGCGGUUACCAAGCGGUUGGGGGACUGCUGUACCCGAGGUGUGGGGCCACUUACUGUAGGUUGCAUAGGUACCCUGAGGCUCACCCGUGUGGGUUCGAUUUCAAGAAAGCCGCCAAGGACGCGAUUCGGAAGGAAAACCCGGUUUGCCUGUCGGACAAGAUUAUAGAUAGGGUUUGA